AUGCUAACUGAAGAAUGGGUAUCCUUAGCCGAACUAAAUUUCUCCAGAUCGUUUUCUGGUGCGGUAGCAAUGAAUAUUAAUAUUUAUGUAUUUGGAGGAAAAAUUAGGAAUACGUCCAAUUCAAAUACAUUUGAAAUAUACCAUCCUCACAACAACAAAUGGAUAAUUUCAAAUGCUUAUAUUAUGAAAAAGGAUCUAUGUCACAUUUAUGUUAUUGUGAUAGAAAAUAAUUCUGAAUUGUUUAAAAAAGCGAUUGAAGAAGCGACCUAUACUAUUAUUCAUCAAAAAAAACCCAAUUAA